AUGUCGAGAUCCUUCCUCUUCAUCACCUCCCAGAACACGUCACCCGAUCUCGUUCGUCAAUUGCAAGAGGCCGACCAGGAAUUCCCGGUGACCAACCCCUUCAACCCAGCCCGCGUGGCAGAAGCGGAUCAGACGAAAGCCAACAGCUUCGUCGUAAAGGUCGACUUCGACGUGUUUGAGGACUUUACCAACGACCAGUUACGCGACAUUGUCAACGAUCGGUCGCGCCGCUUCAACUGGGUCUUGGGCGGUGUGUUUGUCGUUUUGGACGACUACGGUGUAGAAACGAAGACGGUUAUUGUUCAUCUCAAGGACUCCAUUUUCGAUGACGAGACCGAAGAGGUAACAGGCUGGUGCUGGCGGAGCUGGAGGGUCCAAUUCGACGCCGCUUCUCUGAUGGUGAUGAUGAUCGAUAAUAAACGGGAGAUUGUGGAGGAAGUGUACAUCAAAAAGGCCGAUCGCUUUACCGGCGCGGACGGCAUCUUUCGAAUGAAGGACGCCGAGCGGGAAUACGGCUGUCGCUAA